CUCCCAACCCCUUGGUCUUGUUAUUUCUUGUGGAUUUCACUGGCGUAACCUCGUUAUUCGGAUUAAAGUCAAGAAUUCGGAGGACAGCGCUAUCGGAAAAGUUCGGGACCUGAUGUGUGUUACAAUCUACACGAAACAGCAGCCGGACUAUCCAUCACUCCUUGAUCCACAGCACAUCCAUAUGCUCGAACACCUGGGUCUUGGGGAAGACAUCAGACUCGAUGACUUCUCAGCUGCUGCUAAUCUUAAAUUUCUCAGGUUACAAUGUUCUCAGCUUGGGGAACGCCUAUUGCUGUUAUUUAUGUCCCUCAGAACGUUGACAGCGCUUCCAAACUCGUUGUGGAAUGCAGUUCUAUUUUCUGACAGUGUCCACUCAUCAUUUCUCGAGCCUCUUUCGGUCGUGCUCGGAGAUCUCCAAGCCACUAUGACACCAAGGCUUGGCUAUUUUACAUGGUGCCCUCUAGAGUGCUGGUCGAUGACAUUCGCGGAUCUUGAGGGCAAAUUCCCAAAUGUUCGCCAUUUCUGCCUUCGAUAUUCUCAGAACUUUGUGGAUUAUGCAAGCACCAAGGACACCGUAGCCAUCUAUGCAGCGUUUCUCGGUGCACGUCAAAUAGAAAUGCUUCUGAUUGCCUCGCUUUUUGUGAGGCGGAACCGGACGAUAGCCCUUUGCCCACUGCCAACCACUAGACGCAUCUCGAACAUGUGUCCUUCGGAAAUUUUGGCUGCCAGGAUCCUGGUGGUAACCUUGUGGAAUGGCUUCGUGCUUGAAAACUUCGGGGCUGUCCUGCGCUGCAGGUGGCGUUGUCAAAGUUCGAUCCUGAAGGCGCCGUGCUAAACGGCCCAUGGUUAAUCUCAUUGUACAAC